AUGGAUGCAAAGGCUACUCCUGAGAAGCCUGUGCAAGAAACCCAGCCAAAGAAGUCACCAAAGAAACAGACGAAGCCAGAAGAACAUGUUUCGACUGUUUUGAUCAAGCCAGUGGAACUUGUUGAUGAUGAACAAGCUAAGGUUACAAUUCCAUCAAAAUCUGGUGUCUUUCGCAGGAUUAAGAAAAAGUUUCGCGGCUCACGAAGAUCUCCAACUCCAACUGUGGUUCGAAAACAUCACAUUAAUCAUCAGGGAGUUCUUGUUCGUGAGGUUCCAGCUCCUGUUUCUCCUUUCUCUAAGAAACGAAGAGCUGAAGACAUGGCAAAACAUAUUUCUAAGAAGAAAAAGCUUAAGAAACGAAACAUUCGAAGCCAGGAUGGUUAG